AUGGCGGAAUGGUUUGUUGGUCCAAUCAUGGAGAAGAUCAUCAACGCUUGCUCUGGUUACCUGGAAGAUCAAGUAGGAUGGCAAACAGGCAUGAAGAAGGAGCUGGAAAGCCUGCGAGAGAACCACCCUAAGAUCCAAGCUGUCCUCGAGUUUGCUUCGAGCCAAGCAAAAAUUGGAGGCCAUAAUAACACGCCUCUCCACGAAUGGAUUUGGCAGCUGCGAGAUGCCAUUGAUGAGGCAGAUGAUGUGCUCGAUGAGUUUGAGUACAUGAAGCUUAAACAGCAGCUCCCCAAAAACACGGAAGAAACAAAGAAACGAAAGGUCACGAGCUUCCUAUUUGAAAGUGCUCAUAAAAUUCUCAAAAUUGGCGAACGAGGUCUCAAAAGGGAUCCCAACUUGAAGCGACUGGAGGAGGCUGUGCAGAAACUUGAUAAAGUUUCGGCUGAUGUUACUACUUUCCUUCCUCUUUUAGACAGCGCGAAGCAGGAACAGAAGGAGAAGGAGGUUGAUUUCUACAAAACACGUGAAACAGGAUCUUUUCCUAAGAAUUAUCUCAUCGGGCGGCGCAAGGAUAAGGAGAUUGUUAUGAACUGGCUGAGGAAUCCAUCAAAUGAACAUCGGGGAACUGAUUUGUACAGAAACAUUUCUCUUCUAUCUAUAGUGGGGCAUGGUGAUUUGUUGGAAUCUCUUAAGAAGAAGAGGCCUCGUUUAGAGACACUUGAGGCACUUCAAGAUAGUCUUCGGACUGAGAUUAUGUCCAAAAAGUUCUUACUUGGGCUGGAUGAUAUUUGGGAGGAGGAUGAGGAGAAGGAUAAAAGCAAAUGGGAGGAUGUGCUCGCCCCUCUAGCUUCUGGGGGUUUUGGUAGUAAGAUUCUGGUAACAACUCGAACGGACUCUGUUGCACUAAUGUUUGAUAAGGUAAUUAAAAAGAAGACGGAAAAAGUAAAAAUAAAUGGCUUGGAGGAAGAUGAGUGUUUGCAGCUCCUCAACUCUCAUGCAUUUGCUGGUGUAGAGAACCCCUCUGACGAUUAUAAAAAAUUAAGAGCCAUUGCUGGAGAGAUAGUUAAAAAGCUUUUAGGAUCUCCAUUGGCAGCUAAAGUCAUUGGUGGUGUUCUGAAGGACAACUUGGAUGAAAGGCAUUGGAGGACAGUUCUAGAAAGCAAUUUAUUGGGUCAGAAUUCUAUCAAUUCCAUCUUAAGACUGAGCUAUAUAGUUCUGUCAAAUUAUCUACAAAAUUGUUUCGCAUUUUGUUCAAUAUUUCCACAAGGUUAUAGGUUUGAUAAAGAUGAUUCAGUCAAAAUGUGGAUUGCAUUGGGUUUCAUUCAGCAACCUAAUGAUCAAGAAUGGACUAUGGAGGAUAUUGGAGGAACGUAUUUUGAUGUUUUGGUUAAAAAAUCUUUCUUUGAUAAGUUUAAAGAUUCUGGACAUCAACGAUUCUACAAGAUGCAUGAUUUAAUGCAUCAAUUGGCACAAUCAGUUUCCAAACAUGAAUGUUUAAGAGUUGAGGAUGGUACAAAAUUGCCUUCUAUAAUUCCUAAGACUCUUCGACACUUGUUUGUUGAAACUACAAAUCCAGACAUCAUAAAAAUGAUAGGGCAGUUUAAAUAUUUGCAUUCUCUUAUCUUGUUCUCUAAAGCUUCUGAUCAGGAUCUUUGCAGUGCACUUAUUGAAAUAUUCAAAGCAUCGAGAAGUCUACGCUUAUUAAAUGUAUGUUCUCCAUGGUUGGAAAUGAUGCCUGAGGAGAUUGGAAAUUUGAUACAUCUUCGAUGCUUAAAGAUUGAUUAUAAUUUGACAAUGCUGCCAAGAUCUCUAAGUAAUCUCUAUCACUUGCAAUACAUAAUCUAUGAUGGCGCAGAGCAGGUUUAUGUUAAUGAUUUUUUACCAAGUGACAUUAAUAACCUUUCUAACUUGCGUUACUUGAAAUCUCUCGAGGUUUGUAUUUCAUCGAUAUGUGGGAUUGGGAAGCUAAAGUCUCUUCAAGAACUGGAAAUGUUUUAUCUUAGAGAUGUGAGUGGUUAUAGAAUUGGGGAGUUGGAGAAUAUGAAUGAACUUCGCAAAUUAGAAAUCAAUUGCCUUGAAAAUGUUAAGAAUGCUGAGGAGGCUUGUAGUGCCAAAUUAUGUGAAAAGAGGAGGCUCACAGAUUUGACCUUAUGUUGGAGUUACGCUGAUUUGAGGAACAUCGAUUUAAAUGAGAACGUGCUCGACAACCUUCAGCCUCCAAAAUGUCUAAGGAAUCUGAGCAUAUAUAAAUACAUAUGGGUGCAAGGUCUGCAAUAUGGAUGA